UCACUUCAAGAAAAUCUCAUUCCCAAAAACAUAAUGUCCAUAUCAACCCAAAUUAACCUCUGCAUCCUCACAAUCCUCAUCUUCAGUUUCCCCUUAUAUGGAGAAUCCCAAACCAGUAGUAUCAAUCCAGAAAGAUCAAUUCUUCUUGAUUUAAAGAAGCACUUCUCAAAUCCACCAAACAUCUCCCACUGGACUUCAUCAUCUGAUCAUUGUACCUGGCCGGAAAUUACCUGCCGAGAUGGAGUAGUCACCGGAAUUCAGCUCGGUUGGCUACUAAUCAAUGAUACAAUUCCACCCUUCAUUUGUCACCUGAAAAAUCUGACUUUUCUUGAUCUCAACCACAACUAUAUCCCGGGAUCAUUUCCUACAGUUCUGUACAAUUGUUCCAAACUUGAAUACUUGGACCUUUCUUUUAACAACUUCAGUGGCAUCAUCCCCGAUGAUAUUAGCUGGCUUUCGCCCCAUCUUGAGGUGUUUAAUCUUUCUUCUAACUGGUUCGUGGGCGGCAUUCCAGCUGGAAUUUCAGGCCUGAAAGGGCUUAAAGAACUUCAGCUAGCUGCAGUGGUGACAAAUGGCUCCCACUUCAAAGAACUUCAGCUAGAUCAUGGCUAG